CGUGGCUCAUUUGGCAAACAUUUCUUUCCGAUUUGUUGGAAAUAAAUAAAUCCACGCAGCCCAAAGUUUAGGGUUUCUUAAUCCUUCUUAAGAAACCUUCUCCGAGUUGCAAUCUUUCUCAUCUGAUACUCUCUCUCGGUUUUACUCAUGCAUCCAUCUUUGGAUCUGGCUGCAGGUAGGUGAGCUCAGCCUAGACCCUAGUUCGGGAAGGAGGAGCGUUUUGUCUUUGAUAUGGAGACGGAAGGCGCUGAGUGUAAUGGGUCCGUGAAGCUUGGAAAAUCGCCAAGUGAUGAUUUGAUCACUCGCAAGAGGCGGAGGGAGGAUGGAUCCAGUGCGGAUGCUACUAAGGUACUCAAGUAUGUUGCACUCCGCGUGUAUGCAAUUAGGUAACAUUCUUUAAUAGUUUAUUAGGAAAGCUAGAUACGUUGGUUAGUUUAAAAUUAAAUUGGAUUGGUUAUUGGUAUGACUAAAUGGAGAACAACUGUAUGUCAAAUGUCUCAAAUCAGGCACUGGAGUUAGUAUGUCUCUAAUAUGCCGAUUCAGCAUAGACCGAUAAAUCAAGGCUGAUGCAUGCAUUUGUUUUGGAAACACCUGGUAGAAAUAGGGAUAUUGGGUGGAACCAUUGCGUCAGAGUUGGAGAAGGGAAGUGGUCUUGCUUGAAGUGUAACUGGUGUGGCUCUUCAAUUCGUUCAAUAACUAAGAUUAAGUAUCAUCUUGCUGGUGAAUGGGGAAUCUAUAAGUGUCCAAAGGUUCCAGCUAAAGUUAGGAAGUCCAUAAUGAAUCAACUGGCCGAGAUGAGAAUGCGCAAUAAAAACAACAGGCUAGCACAAAACCGUAGAUUUGAUGAAGCACAGAUGAGUAAUCCUUGUAAAGAUGAUAUAGUUUAUGUGGUUUCCACAAAAGGUGACAAGGAGAUUCAGGUGGAAAGUGCUGGGAUAUUCAAUCUAAAAGCGGAUAAGCAAUUUGAGAACACUAAAGCGGCUACUAAAUCAUCGAAGAGUGCUGAUCAACAUUCAGGGACAGCUUCCCUGCUAUCUAAGACUGACAUGAUUAAGCUGGAGAUCAUUGACCCUGCUGAGACUGUUUCAUUUGCUGAUUCUCAUCCCGAAAUACAUGACAGGAUAUGUCGUCGUUGGAAAAGUGCAAUAGAAUGCCAGCUCAAGCUAUCCUAUGUGACCCCAGGUCAAGGUAUCUGGAAUACCCUCCAUGCUGCAUUAUCCUUUGAUAAUUCUCAACUAUCACAUAAGUUGAUGAUGAAUGAUGUUAUCAUGGACAAUGAACAGCUAAAGGACAUUCAGUUAGGGGAUUCAGGACUAAAGCUUCAAUCUCAGAAGCUCAAUUCUUUGUCAGCAAAUGAACAAAUAGUUUUGGAAUCCACCGCUAGCUAUCACGAAGAUACUAACACUAGAAAGUGUGAAAAGGCUUUCCUUGAGAUUUUGAUUUCAGCGAAAUUUGCUCUGUUGUGUGAUUUUCUUUUGGGGAUCUUUGAUGAGAACAUAACCAAAUCUUUUUUAGACUUCAGCCUGAUUGAUUCAAAAUUGAAAACUGGUGAUUAUGAGCAGUCAGCAGAGUUGUUUAACCAGGAUGUUGAGCUGAUAUGGAACAAAGUGCAAAAAAUUGGUGAAAAGAUGGCUACUUUAGCUUCAAUCUUGUCCUCUUUUCAUAAACAGGAGAUUGGUCAAGUAGGUGUCAUACAGAAGAAUUCCAUUGUGCCUCAUGCUACAAAACAGUGUCUUGUUGGACCAGAUUGUUCCUCAAAACCGAAUCAUAAGGAGGCGUCUAAUCCAAAUUGUGCAUCUAUUUGUAACAAGCAUGGGACUGAAGCAAUACAGAAGAAUUCACCAGAUUGUUCCUCAAAACCGAAUCAUAUGGAGGCAUCUAAUCCAAAUUGUGGAUCUAUUUGUAAUAAGUGUGGAAUCAGAGAGAUCCCUAAUCCAAGCUGGCACUGUGCUGCCUGUUCAUCGACUGAUAAAAAUUCUGAUCCAGUCUGCACAGAUAAUAAGAAAAAAAUUGAUGAAGUUUUUGUGACAGAAGAAGACCUCAAUGAGAAUGGAAGCAGGACCAAUUCUGGAAAGACCUUAGUCUCCAGUAUAGCAGAAGGGAGGGCUGAGUUCAGCCAUCUAUCGGAGCAAUUGAACAACAUUUCUCAGCAACUGAACUUCAUGAGUGCCAUCCAAGCCGAACUGGUUGUUGCCAAGGCCGGGCGUGAGGCAGCAGAGAUGCAAGCAGCCGAGGAGAGAGGCAAGAGCGAACUGCUGGCCUCUGAGCUGGAAUGUGCCAAAGUGGAGUUGAUCAACUACAAGGCUGGUGAAGAAGGGCGAUGGGCGAACCAAAAAAAAACCUUCUUGAAGUCGCCUGAGUUUUUUGAUUUGCUUGGUGCCCAGUCUGCCUCUGUAUUUGAGUACGGUUAUAGAUGUGCUAUGAAACAAUUUAGAGAAGCUGACUAUCCACCUGACGGAACCUCGACCAGCUUCCUGGAUCCUCAAACAACCCUCGCCAGCAUCCCCGAUGUCAGCAGAGCACAAACCCUAUUUUGAACUUUUGACGCCUCUGCAACUCCCUGUAUCAUAGCUCAUCUUCCAAGACAGUAGUUUCUUACUACUUUACAGCUAAAUAAAAGAGAUUUAAUCGCCUAAUUUCAGCA